AGAAAAGAACGUGUGGUCUAUAACAAUUAACAAACAAACUGAAACGAACCAAUAUACCAUCCAUUCAUCUGGAAACUCCAUAAAAAUACAAUCUAGUGGACUUAAUUUUAGAGGCAAAAAUAAAAUCAUAUUUAUUUAUCAAAUAGUAUAGGGACUUCAAUGGAUGAGUUGUUAUUGUUAUGCAUAUUAUACCUGAAUUCUUCAUUCCGAAAAUCAAGUGGUAAUUAAUCCAUGGUUGUUCUCAGUUUUCAUGUUAUCCCGCAACCGAAAACUCCACCGCAUGGUCUAAGAGCAUGUGGUGGCAUCAUUCGUUGCGGGAUAGCUGAACCAUCGGGCGAGCCUGCUCCUUUGGGACAGAAGACUCGUUACAAUGAUAGCAUUUUUGAGAAGGCUUUCAUGACUCUUUUUGCACGGAAAAUGGAACCAUUUGCUGAGCCUGUAAUAGGGAAUGCUAAAAAGAAGAAAGAAAAGAAAGGUUGGUUGGAUAUUUGGGAUUAUGAUUAUGAGAGUUUUGUGGAUGUGUCGAAGAGAGUGAUGUUGCGUCGGUCGCGGUUGCAGCAGCAGCAAGUUGUUCGUGAAGUUCUUCUCUCUAUGCUUCCUCCAGGUGCGCCUGCUCAGUUUAGGAAAUUAUUUCCACCAACAAGAUGGGCUGCAGAGUUUAACGCUGCAUUAACAGUACCUUUCUUCCACUGGCUAGUUGGUCCGUCUGAGGUUAUAGAAGUCGAAAUAAAUGGGGUGAAGCAAAAGAGUGGCGUCCGUAUAAAGAAAUGCAGGUACCUGGAGAACAGUGGGUGUGUUGGAAUGUGUGUGAAUAUGUGCAAGAUUCCUACCCAAGAUUUUUUCACUAAUGAAUUUGGACUUCCAUUAACCAUGAUUCCUAAUUUUGAAAACAUGAGUUGUGAUAUGGUGUAUGGCCAAACUCCACCUUCAUUUGAAGAUGAUCCAGUCUCCAAACAACCUUGCUAUGCUGAUAUAUGUCCUGUAGCAAACCCAAACUCCAGUGUAUGUCCUAAGCUACAAGCAUGAUGAGAAGACACUGCUUUUGGAUAAUUUUCUAUGACAGAAUUUAGUAUAUACUAUAAGCUUCUUACAUGGAGUUGAGGUUUUCUUGUUACUGCAAUACAGUUGUCAAAGGAAAAAAAACAAGAUCAACAUUAUAAACAAGUGAGAAAUUAUACAUCUAAGAUUAUACUUUCUAAGUAUUUGUUUAUGCACACAAAGCAUUUCCUUUUGAA